GACAGGGGGUGGGUGGGAAGGGGGGAGACGAGUGGCGGUUCCUUCAGGGGGCUUCUCCUCCUCCUCCUCCUCUUCCUCCCCCCUCAGCCUGGAGGGGGGCAGUAGUAGCAGAACUUGGCGGUGGCGGCUGCUGCUGCUGAGGAGCCCGUUCGCCCAGCCCACCCCUCUCAGGAGCCAGGGUCUCGCAGGCUGACCCACUACCCCGUCCUCCACCCCGCCCGGACCCGCAUGGCGUGCUACCUGGUCAUCAGCUCCAGGCAUCUCAGCAACGGGCACUACCGUGGCAUUAAAGGGAUCUUCAGGGGACCGCUCUGCAAGAACGGCUCUGCUUCCCCGGAUUUUGCAGAAAAGGAGAAGGCAGCAGCAAGGGCUCUGGAGGAUGUGAAAGCUAACUUCUACUGCGAACUAUGUGACAAGCAGUACCAUAAACACCACGAGUUUGACAACCACAUCAAUUCUUAUGAUCAUGCUCACAAGCAGAGACUGAAGGAGCUGAAACAAAGGGAAUUUGCACGGAAUGUGGCUUCAAAGUCCUGGAAAGAUGAGAAGAAACAGGAAAAAGCACUCAAGCGACUUCAUCAGCUGGCUGAGCUGCGGAAGCAGUCAGAAUGUGUUGCCGGAUGUAGACCUGUGCUGAAAAUGCCCCAAGUGGUUGUGGAGAAACAGCAGCGGUCCCAAGAAAAACUGAUCUUUGCUCAAAAAGGCAAAAAAAAGAGCACAGCCGAAGGACAUAUUCUCACCAGCAGCACUUCUGAGAAACAACAGGAGCUUCUGCUGAGCAAGAACCAGUCUUGCAUAGAGAAAUGCCGUUUGCUCCGAAAUCGUGUCUCCUGCAGCACCGAUGCCUGUAACCGGACAGGAGUGUCUUUCUCCUUCUCUAGGAAAGUCCAUCUGAAGCUCGAAUCAUCAGCAUCUGUUUUCAGUGAGAACAUGGAAGAAGCAUUUGACUGCAAUGGGUCACCUAGGCAUACAGUGAAACAGACUUCCAAGGAAUGCAAUGCUUGCCUACAUAUGAGUGACGAGAGAAAAGCCAGUCUACAAAAACGAUUAAACACACUUCAGGGUCACCCAGACAGCACUGCAUCAUGCAAUCAGGCUGCAAAAAAUAAAACGCUGAAAGGAAACGAUCAGAAUGCCUACAGGGAGCAAGUGGAAACUCAUCUUUCAUUUUGUAGAGACAAAAUACAAUCUCCAGAAUGUGCCAGCGCGCCUGGUGGAAAGGAACAAGGAAGAGAGCCGAGAGAGUCUAAGAGAUUCUCAGAAACUAUUGUUCCAUCUCAGUACCAAAUGAGCAAUGUUAGCAUGCAGCAAAACACUUACAAGCACAGUGACGUCCUGUUAGCAGAACGCAUCUUUGAGUUAUCAGCCCAGCAAUCACCUGAACAAGGACAUUUGUGUGAGGUAAACUACAGUCCUUGUAUAUUCAAAGCAAACGGAUCUUCUGAGAGUUCAAAAGCCGCAAAUGCAAAUACUGAAACACCGAGGGGUGAUGCGCUGGUUCACGAAAUUAAGCCCAAAGCCUUGCCCUUCCUUCAUGUACUGAGUAAAGAUGGCAGCACUGCCUUGCGGUGGCCCACGGAACUUCUUUUGUUUACAAAAACAGAACCUUCUAUUUCCUAUGGCUGCAAUCCAUUAUAUUUUGAUUUUAAACUCUCCUUAUCCCACAGAGACAAUGAGCAUCAUGAAGCCAACACAGGAAGUUGUAAAGAGCACUCAAAAACUAUGGACAUAGAUGGAAACGAAGCCUCAGGUCUACCCGAAAACAAGCAACUGUCCAAUGAACAAGAUAAUCAGUCUUUGAAGCCAAAGAAGAAGAAAAGAGCUCUAAGCCUCAAAAGGUCCCAGCCAAAUUUGGAUUCAGACCCAGAGAACGAAACGAAUCAAAGUGCUCCAAAGUACAUUUCUGAGGAGUUGAAUGAAAACUUGCCUCAAGUGCCUGCUCAGCUCGACUGCUCGCAAAGGCAUCGCACCCGAGCAACAAGUCCCCAUAGAAACAUUCCUGUGAGAUCUUUAGCGCAGCAUUUGCAGAGCUGUGAAAAAACUUUACGGGACGAAGUCACGGAAAACAUCUGCAUUUAUCCCUUGGUGUCGAGGACAAAAAUGCAAAAAUGUGUUCAGUGUGAGUUCAUGUAUUCCCAAAGAAAAAACAAUCCGGAUUUGGUCACCACCUGUAGCAGUGACAUAAGUGACAGUGGAAAAGACUCCAUUCUUGGUUAUCCUUUCGGUUCCCCUGAGAAGUGUGUAGAAAAUGAAGGUAAGCCAAGCUUUGCUGGGUGCUGGAAAUUCUCUUCUUUGCAAAAGUCCUCUACUGACAGACAGUCUAAUUAUUCUGACACCUCUGUUAGCAGUGCAACUAGUUACAUUAGCUGCUACUCUAGUCACAGAUCAAGUGAUCACAGCAGAAGUCAUUUAGCUUUUUGCUGCAAAAGAAAGCAAAAACCAGUUGAAAGGCAGAAAUGUAAACACAAAAAGCACAAUUGCAUUUCAUCUUCCGAUGAUGCAGAUGAGGACUGCCUUUUCGACAAUAAAAGUCAAAGAUCUAGAAACUGUACACAGAGGCAGACAGUAAAAUAUCAAAGACAUUCAAGAUAUAGGCAUUUACUACAAAGAGACAUAUCAAAGCCGAGCAGAAAUAGACAUCCGCUCUGUAAACACAGCAGGAGCAGAAGCUACAGCAGCUCCAAAGGUUCUUCCAUCCGAGAUUCAGGAAGCAGCGAAAGAUCAUUGAGUUGCACCAGAUCAAGAGGCAGUCGUUCAGGAUCCCUUGCAAAAGAAUCAAUGUACAGCUGGAACCAACGCAAAGAGGAGAUGAAAAGCAAUUACGAGGCUGAAUCAGGAAAAUCAGACGCGGCACGCUCAGACUGCCAGGAUGGAAGUUGCCUAUCAAAACAUGCGGGGACUUGCUCCAUCAACCACUUAGGAAGAGAAUCGGUGGGACAGGAGAAGUCUCUAACUGCCAAGCUCCUUUUGGAGAAGGUGAAAUCAAAGAAAAACCAGGAGCAGCUUCAGAACAUGGGAGGCUUUUCAAGUGCUUGCAGGAUAGAUCUCCCCUAUAGUCCACUUGGAAUUAAAUGUGGAUCUCCACUGGAGAGUGAAGCAGCGUUCCUUUUGCCAGAGAAAGCCCUCAACAUUAAUACAAACAGUGUGUGGAACAAUGAAACCAGCCCGGUGGAAAGCAGUGCAGACAAAGCUAAAGCUGUAGCUACAGUAAUAAAGAAUGGCACUCUUACAGCUAGCACUAACUACAGUAAUUGCCUGCUUCAGGAUUUAAUUCAAAGAGGAACUGGGUAUCAGGCCCCAAGUGUGGAAGUGGAUGCAGCAAUAAAGGAGCACUCCAGUAUCUUGACCGACGAAAAGCAAUGCUUUCUACCAAGCGGUGACCCAGUACCAAAUGGUUUUCCUGGUGCUUUCCCUUUGAAUAGCUACCCCCUUGUUCCAAAUGCAAUGGAGACCAAAGAAGAACACAGUGCAAGCGCAAACUGGAAUCAAGUGGAAGGGAAUCUGUCCUCGUACUCUGACAGUCCUAUGCAUAAACACAAUGACACAGAAAGCAAGACUGAGCUGUACAGUAAGUGCAUCUCCUCUCCUUUAACACAGCAGCCUAUAACGUUUUCCCCGGACGAGAUUGAUAAAUAUAGGUUUCUUCAGCUGCAGGCCCAGCAGCAUAUGCAGAAACAACUUGUGGCGAAGCAUUUCAAGGUACUGCCCGCCACAGGACCAGCGGCCUUCUCUGCCUCCCCAGCAGUUCACCCUCUCCCUGUUCAGCAACACGCCUCUGUCGCCACCCUCCACCAGACGCUCCUGCAGAGUUUCGCCCUUUCUGCUGCAGUGCACCCUCACAGCAGCCACCUGUCCGUGACCCAUAUCCACCCGUUUCCACAAUCCCAUUUUGCUCCAAUAUCUCUGUCACCUUUCACUCCAGCCUUCAUGCCUAUGCAUGCAGCCCUACUGUCAGGACACCCGUUCCAUCUGGUCUCAGCAAGCCCCAUUCAUUCUUCCCAUCUGACAAUCCCCCCGCUGCCUCACGCUGCCUUCCUCCCUACCUUAUUUGCUCCGCAGCUCAAUGCAGCUGCCUCUUCUGCAAUCCAUCUCAAUCCUUUAAUUCACCCGUUUUUCCAAGGUCAAGAACUUCAGCAUCAUUCUUGACUGUGUUCCAGAGGUUGGAUAUCUGAAGUGGGGGGGAUAUAGAGCAGACAUCAUUCUUUUAGUCAUCUCAGACAGUAACAUCAUCAUCAUCUGAUGCUUCAAAACCAAGAUAGAAGGGAAAAUCCCAUUUAAUGGAUUGCAUACCUUUCAGGAUACAUUGGCUUAUAGACCUAGAGCAUGUCACAAAUAGUGAGGGAAAUCAAGGUUGGCUGACACAGCAGAUGAAUGUUAAUUUGAUUAUCUCAUCAUUGACUGAAUAUUCAGUUUGUCACAAAGCAGUGCCCAUUCUUAACCACUUAAGUUAAGGUUCAACAUGGCUCCUUUCUGGGACAUUUGUUGACUUUAUACACUUUUCAGUGACCAUCUUGGUACAAAGGAAAGAAGCAGCAAAUAGGCAAUUCUUCUGUAGCACAACAAUCCCCAUAUCCAUUGUUCAUUUCUUUCUUUGGUGCCACCAAGAUGCAUGGUGCUUUACGAACUAUAAGAGACCAGGUCCCUGCACCAAGGCGCUUACAAUCUAAAAUUUGAUGCUAAGGGAAACAAUAUGCAUAAGGAAAUAACAACACUAUCAGCACUAGAUCUGGGCUAGUGUUGCUUUAGUGCUAAGAGUAAACACAAGCAGCUUUGCCAAAUCCAUCAUACUCUCAUGAAUGUGAAUAGAAUGGUGUUUUCUUGGGUGAGCAGGCAAUGUUUUAAUAUUUAUUUGCAAGAUUACAUAAGUUGAUUUUAAAUGUAAUAUUAUACCCAUAUUAUUAUUAGCAUCAGAAUGAUCAGGACUGCUUUUUGCAGCUAAAUCCAGGUUCUGAUGCAUUAAAAAGAAAUGUGAAGGGAAAGGAUUUGGGAUGGUCUGACUCUGUGAGAAUUAAACAACAGACACUUGAAGAGAAAUGUACUGUAUAUUCCAAAAUUCCACAAAAACAUAACAUAUUCAGACCAUCAUGUCUGCUAUUUUGGGAUACCUGCAUAUAUUUUUUUUAGUCUGACACUUAAUAUAUUUAUUUGAAAAGGAAUUCCAUUAAAAUCAGUUGCAAUUUUCCCCUACUAAAACGAUUUGCUUCUGGGUGCUAAUGGUGAUCACCCAAAAAAGGGAAUAGGAGAGUGCAUUUACUCUGUCAAUUUUGUUCAAACACAAGGUAUUGUUUUUCAGUGUCACCAUGUGGUGAGAUCCACACAGAACUGUGUCUGUCUUAGGGUACAAUAGGCAAGACCCAGGAGAUCUGUGGUCAGGUUAAAAGCAGUUAUUAAAGAGUCAACAUCAGUUUAAGCCCAUGACAUUUGGGAAGUCAAACACACACACAGUUUCAUCUAUCUAUCUAUCUAUCUAUCUAUCUAUCUAUCUAUCUAUCUAUCUAUCUAUCUAUCUGCCUUAGGUGGUACGUGGCAAGUCCCACCCAUGCAGCACUAUGUGCAUGCGAGGCAAGAGACAGCUGGGGCAGCAUGAUGGUGGAGGCUGAAGCGGGCAGCUUCGGGGCAGCCAGGAAACCAGAGGAGCCCAGUGGGGCAGCUGAGGAGGAGGAGGAGCAGGAGGAGCAGGAGCAGGGGCAGGAGGGCAAUGGAAGGAGGAGGCCUCGGUGGAGGUAGUGCAGGCAGGGGAAGCUCAGGGGUGGCCAGGGAACCAGAGGAGCCCAACAGAGCAGCUGGCGCCACAACUGGAGACGAGGAGGAGGGUGCUGGAGGAGGGAGACCCAAGGAGGCGGUACAGGGAGGGAAAUAGUCUGCUGCCACCGCGCUGGAAAUUGGAGAGGUCUCUGGGGGUGAGGGGGCUGUGGCGGGGGGCGAGGAGAGCCAUCUACUAAUGUGCAGAUGCUCUGCGCCAGCCAAGCUAGUUUUAAAUGUUUCCUGCACAGGGCAAAUAGCAGCUAGGGGGAAGCAACCUGAAUUGUGAAAAUAGUGAUGGUACUCCCUCCUAUGGUACUGCAGCCCCAAUCCAGUUAUUUUAAUUCUAAUGAUCAUGGAUCUCUUGCACUGCAGCUAGUGUGACCCUCAGGGAGAUCCAGCGUUCAUUCAGCUUCCAGUUGAUCUUAUUGUCCUGCAAAUGUCAAAAAUCACAUCUCCCAAACAUGUUUGCACCCUUUGCUAGAUGCAGUUUAAUGCUGUUAAUCUCAUCGCAUGGUGGUUAGAAAUCUUGAUAUUUUCUUGGGAGAAAAGUGAUCAGACAAGCCCUCGCACAAUUAACUAUAAUCAUUUUCCUGUUAUUAAGUAAUCUCUGUAAAUUACUGAACAGAUCUGUUUGUGAUGCAGUUCUGCAAAAAAGAAAGAAAAGGAACGAAAAGAAAUUUAAAAUGACACUUGGUUCAUUUUUUUCAAAGUGUUUCAUUUAUAUUUAAACUGAAUAAUACUCUGGCUAGUAUAAUCUGUAAACUAGUUAUUUUGUUUUGUAUUCUAUGUAAAAAGUGUUUUAUAUUAUACAGUAGAUAAGUGAAUUGCACUAAUGAACAUGCAAUGCAGCUUUUUUCUUUUUCUUUUUAGAUUAUUCAAGUUGUUUCUGGGAAUGUAGUUUCAUGCAAUAAUUUUUUUCCAAUAAAAAAAAAUCUUAAUGGCAUAAAGAGUGUCAGUCAUGCAUUUUUAAAUUUCAUACCAAACUGCAAUGACAUGGUAAAAUUCAAAUGAGGCAAACAUAUUCUGUAUUUUAAUCCACUAACAUGAAAUACAUUUAAUUUAGCUAAGAAGCUGCAAUGCUGAAAUUUUAGGCCAUUUCUUUUCAACAAAAUAGCAUGUGUUACUAGAGUUGUUUAUAUGGCUCUAUAAAUAAAUAUUCCUU